UACCAGAACAGACACCGAUUCCUUCUCCUUCGUCAUUCUCAUUCUUUCUCUGCUCUGCCCUGCCCUGCUCUGCUGUGCUUUAUUCUUAUUCUUCCUUUGUUUGUAAUAAUUUUAAUUUUGUUUGUCUCACCAUUUUUGUAUUUUGAGGUAUUGAAAUUGUAAACAUAUAUAAUAAAAAAGAGAAGAAAUUGGGGCAACCAAUCAUCACCAGAAGCAGAAGUAGGGUUAGGGUUUGGUUGUGGAAUAGUAGACAGUUUUGGAGGGCAAUCCAAUCCAAUUCAAUCUAAAGGCUGAUGCUUUAGAACAACACCAAAUCAAUGGCGAGCGAGUUGGCGAUGAGCCCCCAGUUGGAGCAGAUCCACGGUGAAAUUCGCGAUAAUUUUCGAGCCCUUUCAAAUGGGUUUCAAAAGCUGGAUAAAAUUAAAGAUUCAAAUAGGCAAAGUAAACAGCUUGAGGAGCUUACGGCCAAGAUGAGGGAGUGCAAAAGAUUAAUUAAAGAGCUUGACCGCGAAAUCAAAGAUGAGGAACCCCGAAAUCCUCCUGACCUUAAUAAGCAACUCAAUGAUGAGAAGCAAUCCAUGAUCAAAGAGCUUAAUUCAUACGUGGCUUUGAGGAAGACUUAUUUGAAUAGCCUUGGGAACAAGAAACUUGAACUUUUUGAUAUGGGAGCAGGAGUUAGUGGUGAACCUACAGCUGAGGAAAAUGUUCAACUGGCAUCAGAUAUGUCAAAUCAAGAACUAGUCAAUGCUGGGAUGAAAACAAUGGAUGAGACCGAUCAGGCCAUUGAACGCACGAAAAAGGUUGUGGAACAAACAAUUGAAGUGGGAACUCAGACUGCUUCUACAUUAAAAGGCCAAACUGAUCAAAUGGGUCGCAUUGUUAAUGAGCUGGACACAAUUCAGUUCUCAAUCAAGAAGGCCUCCCAGCUUGUGAAGGAGAUUGGUAGGCAGAUUGCAACAGAUAGAUGCAUCAUGCUUUUUCUAUUCCUUAUUGUCGUAGGUGUUAUAGUAAUCAUUGUGGUGAAGAUUGUGAAUCCAAAUAACAAAGACAUUAGGGACAUCCCUGGAUUGGCACCUCCUGCUCCAAGUCGGAAGCUUUUAUCUCUGAGGACUGCAGAUUAUUUGGAAUAAGACAUGUUUUUACAAGAUUUAUUUCGUCCAUCCCAUUCCUAUGGUGGAUGGAAAGGAAGAUCAAAGGGAUGUUAUUUGUGAGCAUCACUCAGUUCUUUUCAUUUAUUUUUCUUAGUUGAAUCCAUUCUUGCUUGAGUUGUGCAUAUCCUGUUUGUGAUUCUGUGUAAAUCACAUGCGAGUUCUUCUAGCUUUGUUUUGAAUUUGAUGAUUCGUUCUGUAACAUUUCAAGAUUGUUUUAGUAGUGCCAGAGAUGAUGAUGUACCUUUUUUUUUUCCUCCUGUGAAUCCACGCUGUACAUGUCCCACGAAAGGAUAUUGUAUGAUCUUUGCGAAUAUGUAUGUAUGCACACUAAUUACUUUAAAUCUUUUACGUGGGAUGGGUGGAUUUGGAGAAGUAUUCUUUUUUGUUUUUCUUUGGCUCAUGGAUUUCAUUUGAAUUCGAUGUGGAUUUUGCUUCAA